AUGGAGAUGGAGAUGGAGAUGGAUGGGGAUGGAGAUAUGGGGGAGCCAGCCUGGGGUGGUUAUUGGAUGGGCUUCAUCGCUGGUUCCCUGGACAUGUCGUAUAUAUACGGAGUAUACAGACAGAAAGUAACUCGUUAUGACCCUUGCUCUCUGUUGUUGAGCCCACGUCUCCGCAAACAGACAUCCUUCUGGGACCUCACUUUGACAUCAUAUAUACAGCAACAUCCACAACAACAUCCACCCAACAGCUUCGAGUCAUGCAGCAGAGGAAAGGAAGAAGAAGAAGAAGAAGAAGACGACCGACGGCGAAACCUCCCUUCUACGCACUGA